AUGGUAUCUAUGCAUCAAAAGGAAUAUGACUAUCUCUUUAAAUUGGUAUUAAUUGGUGAUAGUGGAGUUGGCAAAUCUUGUUUAUUACUAAGAUUUGCGGAUGACUCUUUUACUGAUAGCUAUAUUACUACAAUUGGUGUAGAUUUCCGAUUUAGAACUGUUAAAAUUGAUGACAAAAUCAUUAAGUUACAAAUAUGGGAUACAGCUGGCCAAGAACGUUUUCGGACUAUAACUUCUGCAUAUUAUCGUGGUGCAGAUGGUGUUGUACUAGUAUAUGAUACUACAUUGCAAAGCUCCUUUGAUCAUAUAGAUGAUUGGAUUAGUGAGGUUGAUAGAUAUACCACUGAUUCAAGUAAAAUAUUGGUUGGUAACAAAUGUGAUCUAGUAGCACAGAGAGCUAUAGAACAAAGUCAAGGUGAGAAGAAGUCAAGUGAAUUGGGUAUUGACUUUAUUGAAGCUAGUGCUAAAAAUUCUACAAAUGUUGAAGAUUGCUUCAUCAGAAUAGCUAAAAGAUUGUUAGAAAAAAAGAGUCAAAGUGGAGCAGUCCCAAGAAUAGCUCAUCAAAAUAUACAACUCUGUGAAACAAAUGACAAUAGUACAUUUUCUAGUAUAUUAUCUACUUGCUGUGGAAGAUAA